CCCGCUCUCUCCACUGUGAAGACGGGGCCGCCCACCCCCAGUUCAACUGUUAGCGAAGUCUGCUUGGUGAAGGCACUCUCUGAGUCCGGCUGCUCUCCGGAGCCCAGCGCACGCUCUCUCCUUCUCCUAGGGAAAGCCAGGGAAAGCUCCUGACUCUGGGAGAGUGGCGCCUUGGUUGCAAAAUGACAAACCUCAAGUUUUUCUGCUCUCCCCUUUCCCCCUCUUCCUUCCAGAUACGUCACGACGGAUCAAACAGCUACCGUUUGAUGCAGCUUGGCUGUCUGGAGUCCGUAGCCAAUUCCACGGUUGCCUAUUCCUCCUCCUCUCCUUUAACUUACUCUACCACCGGCACCGAGUUUGCGUCCCCCUACUUCUCCACUAACCACCAGUACACCCCGCUCCACCACCAGUCCUUCCAUUACGAGUUCCAGCACAGCCACCCGGCGGUCACCCCCGACGCCUACUCUCUGAACUCGCUCCACCACUCACAACAGUACUACCAGCAGAUUCACCACGGGGAGCCCACCGACUUUAUUAACCUGCACAAUGCGCGGGCUCUCAAGUCCUCCUGCCUGGACGAGCAGAGGCGGGAGCUGGGCUGCCUCGAUGCCUACCGCCGCCACGACCUGUCCCUCAUGAGCCAUGGCUCUCAGUAUGGAAUGCACCCAGAUCAAAGACUCCUGCCAGGGCCCAGCCUGGGGCUGGCCGCCGCGGGAGCCGACGACUUGCAGGGUUCUGUGGAAGCCCAGUGUGGGAUUGUCCUCAACGGCCAAGGGGGUGUGAUAAGAAGAGGUGGCACCUGUGUGGUCAACCCCACAGACUUGUUUUGCUCAGUUCCUGGUCGUUUGUCCCUUCUCAGUUCUACUUCCAAAUACAAGGUGACCAUUGCUGAGGUAAAGAGGCGUCUCUCACCACCCGAGUGCCUCAAUGCUUCACUUCUGGGAGGCAUUCUGAGGAGAGCAAAAUCCAAGAAUGGUGGUCGCUGCUUGAGAGAGAAACUAGACAGGCUUGGCUUAAACUUGCCAGCCGGAAGACGGAAAGCAGCCAACGUUACCUUGCUCACUUCCUUAGUCGAAGGAGAGGCUUUGCACUUGGCUAGGGAUUUUGGCUACACAUGCGAAACAGAGUUUCCAGCCAAGGCAGUAGGAGAACAUCUCGCCAGACAACAUAUGGAACAGAAAGAACAGACAGCACGGAAAAAGAUGAUCCUAGCGACCAAGCAAAUUUGUAAAGAAUUCCAAGACCUCCUGAGUCAAGAUAGAUCACCACUGGGAUCCUCCCGACCGACUCCCAUUCUAGACCUUGACAUCCAGAGGCACUUAACACAUUUCAGUUUGAUCACUCAUGGUUUUGGGACACCAGCAAUAUGUGCAGCCCUAAGCACUUUCCAAACAGUCCUCAGUGAGAUGCUUAACUACUUGGAAAAACACACGACUCACAAAAACGGUGGUGCUGCAGACUCUGGCCAAGGACAUGCCAACUCGGAGAAAGCCCCGCUGCGGAAAGCUUCAGAGGCUGCUGUGAAAGAGGGCAAAACAGAAAAGACAGACUAGCUACAUCAAACAGAAUCUAUUUCUAGAGAGUCUUGCUGCUCAUAUUUUUUUUCUAAUAUAUAUAUCAUUGGGGGUGACUAAUCUUCAGUGGACCAAAUCUUUACCCUUCCCGAGCCCUCCAUAAAAUAAAGUCAAAAGUGGAAAUGAAAAGGAAAAAAAAGGAAACAAAAAAAAUGACAGAUCCAAAAACAAAAAAAAAUGAGAAAAAGGAAAACAGCAGUGUAACUGUGUGAUGAAAAAUUGUCACUUUUUAUUAUUUUUUUUGCUAUGAUAAAACUCCUUCUGUGCACGUAGUUGAUCGUUCUGAAUCAUAUACACCACAGUUCUCAAGCCCUUCUGGACUUUGGAGAGGCAGCACAUGCUUUUUCUCACAUAUAUCUGAUGCACUUUCUUAUCCAGUCUAUAGUUAAGGGUCAGUCAGAGAGCAUGACCAAACUGGAGUCUGUCACCAAUGGCUGCUGCUCUAGUCUUCCCUGACUUAACUCCCUGUCACUCAACAGUGCCUCUUUCCAUUAAAUAGGCCAAUAUGAAAAUAUCCACUAGUACAUGUUUGGGGAACUGACAAGGACAGUCACAAACUCUUUGAGCUGACAGCAGUUCUAAAUACUUGGUCACCCCAGAUUACUGAAUUAUCCGUGCCUUGGUGGUGUUUAAAAAUUCCAGAAACUGUCUCCCUUCUAUCUACCAUUCAUUUCCUCUUAGGCCCCCCUGCCCCAUUUCUAAGAAGAUAUUCAGAAGACUUAUACAACACUGUAGAUGUAAGAGAUGAAUUUGUCCAGGCCAACUGCACAGUUCAAAGAAACACUGAAUUUAGUCGAUGGGGUAUAAAGAUGCAGAAGAGGAGAGCUUUGCCAUUAUUGGGCUCUCUGUCAAAUGCAAUGACAUUAUUUUGCCUGAAAAUGACAAGAAUAGGAGCAGUAGUAUUUCUGAGCAGUCCUGCCUGUAAGACUUGGGGCCCCUUCAAAGUGCUGGUGGCAGUGGUUGUGUGGUUGAAGUGAGAGCCAUGUUUUCCCGCUUCUGUGCUAUUUCUUCCUGUUCCAUAUGUUCUAAACCUCUAGAGGCACAAAAGCACCCAGGCUGUGUUCAAUAAAGAAAGCAAACAGAAUAAUUAGAGAAGACCUUUGCUUUUCAGAUGUUUUCUUUUUUCCAUAGCUUGUUCUUAUGACUUCCUUACCUUUCAUUUAAGACACUACAAACAAGAAGUUCCUGACUGCAAAAGCCAGGGAUAGUUGAAAGAAUGUUUCGUCCACAUAAGCCUGUAUAUGUCAACAACGUUGUUUGCCACCACACAUUGUUCUAGCUUUUCUACUGUUAACAAUUAAACUUCUAUGUAGGCAAAUAAAAACAUAGGUCACUAUCUAAUAAAGGAAUUAUUUUCAUGUGUGGAUAUUCAACGCUUAGUUUAGCAUGAAAAUAUUACCCUCUCAUUGCAUAUUUCAACUAUUUUAAAGAUCUCUGCCAUAUUAUAACUUUAUCGAGAAUAUUAGCAUUAUAGCUAAUGAGAGGAAAUAUCUGGAAUUUUCAUGUAUGAAUCAAAGAAGCUAUUUUUACCUGACAAUAAUUCUUAAAAACCAUUAUCUUGAGUCUUGUACAGAAAUGAACCAUAACCACUGAAAUCCUAAAGUUUUUAGAUUAAAUUUAUUCAACAGGAGACAUGUUUGAAGAAUUCCAUAACAAUAGGAUAUUAUAGUAAUACAGUAGAAGAGCUUGAAAUAAAAAAAAUAAAUAAUUAUGAUACCAUGUGUUUAGUUCCAUUUUUCAAUUUUAUCAUUAUUAAAGGCUUUAAUUUCUUAAAUAAAAUAAAACGAAGCCAACAUUCUUCCACAGUUCCAAAUUUCAUCAGAAAGUGAGUGAUACCAUGUUACGAGUCUCCCAUAUUGUAAAAUAUGCACACAAAACAAAAAUAAUAUUUGAGUUUAGUAAGUGGUAGGAAAGUUACAUCUAGAUAAUGUGGACUACUAUAUCCUCAAGGAAAUUUCCACAUCAAUUGUUCUUUACUCCAUUUAUUAUUAACAAUACCUUUGUAUUUAAUAUGGCAUUUUAUGAUGCAUACUGCUAGGUACUUGAUGUUAUAACCACGUCAAAUGUUCACAAAUAUUCAGAUGGGACACUAGAUCUGGCUUAUGUUACAAGUCGACUUCUUCACCCUUAGUUGUAACUGGUUUGGAUUCUAAACACCUCAGUGGGGGGUGUUCAUUAUUUAUUAGCCUUGAAACAAAGUGUAACUCUAACUACAGUGCAUAUUAUUUGCCAGGAUUGGGGGUGUUUCAAGAGCCUUCAUGGACAGCGCCCACCAAUUCACUCUACCAGCCAUUAGAACAUAAUCAAGUUGAUGGACUGGUCCUGUUUAGAAUCAUCAUUUAUUAUCAUAUUCUAAUAUACAUUGUUAAUACCAGCUUUUGCCUUGUAUAUAAUAGGUACUCAACACUUUUUAAAUAAAUGAGUAAAUGAAUGUGUGUUUGUUCUUUGUCCAACGUGGGCCAAAGGACCUUCUAACAUUUUAUGUUUUCUCUCUCUUCUCAAUGUUUCAAUUGAGCUUGCUUCUUUCCUUCCAUGGUAAUUUGUGGUUAAAUUUUAUUUGGAUAAAGAAAAUUUUUUCAUCAUAGCACAUUAGUUGCAUAUAGACAUAUUUAAUAUGGAAUUAUUUGAAAAUGUGCUUAGAUAUCAAAAUCUUAAUAAAAAUGAAGCUAGAAUAUUAUUAUAGUUUACAAGAAAGAAAGAUAGUUGACAAGGGUAUGGUUUUCCAGGUUAUAAGUAAUAUAUGAGCCUGUUCAGAUUACCUGUUACUCUUACAAAAGCAACUGUACAAGCAUACUACAUUUCUAAGGCAAAUAAGACUAUUUAAACUUGGUGAAGUUAAAUUUCUAUAUGAAGACAUGCUUACUUUACAGCUGUUUAGAUGCCAUAGUCAUGGCUUUCAUUAGAUUUACAAUUAGACUGACGUUUGGUGAUUCUAGAAAGAUAAACAAAAACUCUGAAUUACUCUCUUCUGUUGAAAGUUCGGGCCAUGGAAAGACACUGAUCUUUCUCCUCUCUGUCUUCUUUGUAGAUUUCUUAUCAUGGGGAGUAAUCCCUCCUUGGACUUGCAGGUUCUCUGCUCACCCUUAAUUGGGGGUAUAUAUAACCAAUAAGACUGAACUUGGCUGGGAGAAGCUGUAAGCACCCUAAUCCAAAGGUGACAGUGGUAACAAUCUGACCCUUUGCCACCUGGUUCUCUGAAGAGAAAUAAGUCAAUACAUUAUCCUUACUAAUAAUGAAUGAAAAACUACAAUCUGUUUUUCUCUUUGCUUCCUUUUGUUCUUCUUUGUAAGCGCAUGGUAGAUGACUGGAAUUUUGUAAACUGGAUCAGACAAUGAGUGUGCUUUCUUCUUACCAAAAGCAGUGUUGGAGAAGCAACAAGACCCAAUGACUGACAGUACCACUCUGAGAUCAAGUUACCUGGGAUCAAAUGAUGAUUUUUUUUGUGUGUGUAGUAUGGUGUGAUCUUAAAAAAAUAGUUGGACUUUCUUAUGGACUCAUCCCCUCUAUGAAAUGAAAACAAUGCUAGUUAUCUACUCGAAAAAUUACUAUCAGAAUUGCUAUCUCUGAACAAGAAAACAUUAGUGCUAUGUGAGUGUUAGCUACUGUCUUUAAUACUUAAAAUUCAGACAACUGAUUUUUUUUAACCUAGAGAUCUGCUUCUUCUUCAUCUGUGGAGUUUCUAUACCAAACUAUUUCCAAAUUAAGUAUAGUGGUGCAGCAGGAAAUAUAACUUUAUCCCAGUUCAUAUAACUGAUACCAGUCUUUGAGAUACGGGAAGUACAAUGGCACAAACAAACACGGAAACCUACGGUGCAAACCUGACUAGCAUCUAGAAAACAGGAGCUGGGGCCAGGAAGCAAAUUCAAGGAAGAAGGUUGUAAAUGGUGAAGGAAGAAAGUGAAAAUCAGGACAAAGGAGAAAUGCUGGCUGUGGCAGAGCUUAAACCACCAGGGGAAGGGUGUUGUGCCAAUUCCCAGAAGAUCCCCUUUCUACUUCAGGCUGACCCUUCCUGCUUCCUCUAUUUUUCAGUGAUAAAGAUUUUACCACACUAUCCCAGAGAGAAAGUGUGACCCAAACACAAAGCACUCAGGCAACAAGACAGAAACUUUUAUAUAGGUUUUCAGUUUCAAAACUGAAGCAACCCCUCGCCUUGCAGAGAGGAGAUACAGUUCAGACUUAGGGCUCUUGACUACCCAUCUCAGAAGCACUGAGAGAGAUCUCGGAAACCCCAAAAAACAAUAUAGCCUUGACUCUCAGGGACUUACAGUUUGAACGUUCAUCAGUAAGGACAUUU